AUGUGGAAGUGCGGUGGUUUAAUCUCGUUUCAUUUGCUCGUUGUUCUAGUGCAGGGCAAUGUGGCCCAGGACUUUCGGUUGGAUUCUCACCUAGCGGACAGAUCUCUGUUCUAUUUGGCGAAGAACUCGUUCGUCGGCCGAUCGGAGGGCGAUAUAACGAUAAAAAACUGCUCGAUAGAAACCAUAGCGCCGGAGGCGUUUAAAAAUGUGAGAGUGAACAGGAUAAACAUCACCGGUAACCCGUUGAGUGUGCUCAGGAGGAGGAUAUUUAGUUUCGUGGUGGUCGAUGAAAUUUACUUCGAUGGAAACAACAUCAGCGAAAUCGAAACGGGCACGUUCCAUUACAUCUACCCCGUGAAGGAGGAGUCCCUGCAGAUCCUGUCUCUGAGCCACAACAAGCUGAGGAAAAUCAAACGAGGCGUAUUCAGCGGCACUAAUUUCAAGAAACUGAUGCUCAGUUACAACGAAAUUUAUUACAUACAGUAUGCUGCUUUCGAAAAUAUGCCCUACUUGCUGUCGUUGAGUUUGGCCCAUAAUAAAUUGCAAAGCAUUGAUUCGGGAAUAUUUAAUAAUUUUCUGAACCCGACUAUGCUGAGCGUGUCCGACAAUAAAUUGAACUACAUCCAUCCGGUGGCUUUCGAAAAUUCCACGUUUUUAAGUUUGGACUUGCAACGGAAUAAUUUGAGUGACAUCAAGAAGGAAUAUUUUGCUAAUACUUUCAUCGGAUGCCGUCAAGAGCCGCGAACGAACGGAAUAAGAGAGAAGAAAAUCACCAACGCCGGCUAUAGAGAGGCGCGGGACGCGAUGCGGAGGGCGCCGGAUCCUGAUAGUAUGCAAAUCAACGGAAAGUGA